GAGCUGUGCUGUUAGAGGAAAAUAAUCAACGACAGGGUGGUGUGAUGUGACUCUACUCAAAGCAGAGUUACUGUUACCACCCUGAAGUUGAAUAUUUUGCUGUAACAGUACAUCCCAAAGCGUUUUAUGGAACGUCUACGGGGAAAAAAAAAGUCAGUUCCUGUUAUCACAUGCGUUGAAGCAGCUAUAAUCAGUUGUUUCCUUCACCUGCCUCUCUUUCUAAAAAAAAAAAAAAAAAAAAGAAAAGAAAAGAAAGAAAGAAAAAUGCAGCUUGUCAUAUUACCAACAAACUGGAAAGUGUCAAUUCAUCUGUCCUGAACACUGUUACAAAGCGCUGACACUGGAGACUCCUUCCAGAAAUGUUUAUCUAACAUCUCACAGAAAACUUCACCAUAUCAACGAUCAGAUGUUUUUCUUUAUUCGAUAACUGCAUGUUUUGUUUUUUUUUUGUUUGUUUGUUUAUACAGGGUGUGUAUGAUAGAAGUUCCUGUGUAAGUUGCAGGGACUACAGGGACUUCUAUCACAGACACUCUGUAUAACAUAUUAGAGAGAAUACGUUAAUAUAAUCCUGCGAUUUGUUUGUAGCCAGAACUACUGUCAGAAAAUCAACCAACACCUUCUGACCAAUCAGAAUCGAGAAUUCAGCUGUGUUUCUUUUUAAAUGUGAUCUGAUGUCUGUGAUUAGAGCUGCUUUUUAAAAAAAAAAAUUUUAGUAGAUAAGAUGUGGAAGAACAGGCCCUCAUGGUUGUUAUCUCACGGCAAGUUCUUAUCGUCUGCAUCACCAAAUGCACUUGCACCGCCAGAGGAGGUGUGUGUGUGUGAUCGUGUGUGUGUGUGUGUGUGUGGAGCAGGUAUGCAUGUUUCUACAGGAACACACUCUCAUCUCAGCAGCAAGAGCAGUUUAUCUGAACUAUUUCCUUAGUGAUUUAAACACUUCAUUGCCUUUCAUUCUUGAGCUUCAUGCACCGGCUCGCUGACCGUAGUCGAGGAUGUGUAGAUGGUGUAGUGACCUCCAUCACAUCCAGUUUUAACAUGCCAUCUUAUCUUCUAGCAGAAGGGUUUCUGACUGUAAUUCAGCAUCAUCUCUACAGUGUAGACUGCAGAAAUAAUCAUAUAAUCUACUUGCAUUAAAGCCACACACACACAACCAUGUCAGUGGCAGUGUGCUGAGGUAAACAUGUGUCGUUCGUGAGCGAGUCGACUCUUUGAGUCGAUUCUAAGGAGUCAAUGAUUCUCCCUUUCACCUAAAAAGUUGCUUGUAUUAUUAUUAUUAUUAUUAUUAUUAUUAUUAUUAUUUGUUGGUAUAUUUUUACAUGGACGUUAUGAAAACAGGUGAACGACAGUGUCUUGGCAUUUUUUAGGUUCAUUUAUGCUUUCUAUUAUUUUAUAAAACUAAUUUUAAAACCCCUUUUUAUCUUCUGUGUAGAAUUUCAACUCAUAAUUCUUUAACUUUUGUGGAUUUGAAGCGUUUUGAGUUUGUUCAGUUCAGGAUUUUGCCGCGUGACGCAUUAACAAGGCGACGGAAACAUGUCACCGGAAGUUUUGAGCGGCGGUUGAGAGGAAGAGGUUUAAAAAACAGGAACUAGACGGAUUGAAAAUAGCGAUAUAUUUUAAUUUAAGAUAUUUAAAGGUAAAAUGGCGGGCUUCCUAAACGAUAUUUAAAGGUAAAAUUGCGACUUUGGAGGAAAAAAAAAAAAACGUUUAAAGAUAAAAUGGCGACUUUGACAAAAAAAAAAUGUUUAAAGGUAAAAUGGCGGCUUUGGUCUUAAUUAUUUUUGUAUAAUCAAAAAGCGCGUGCUGGUUCGUUCGCUAGGUAGUUAAUUAAAUUUGUUAUAUGUUAAACGUUAUUAUAGUUGAGCAGAAUUUGUGGUAUAUUUGUGAUAUAGGAAGCAGGACAUGUCAGAUUAAUGUGAAGCUGCACAUCCAGCUGUGACAGUCAGCUCUUCUUCACUGGAUCUCGCGCAUAAACAUUAGGAUGGUGUGAUAUAAUCUGAUGCUCAUGGACGACUCGGACCAGGACUUCUCCUUCCUCUGCUCCCGGCUCCUGAAGAGAGUGCGACGGAAAGGUGGAGAGUCUGGGGAUGAGAAGAAAACAGUGGUGCAGGAUGAAGGAGAAGAAGAAGAAGGAGGAGGAGGAGGAGGAGAAGGAGAAGACUCGGGAUCUCAGAUCCAAAGCAGGAGCAAAGCGCCUUGUAAAAGGAAAAGGGAGAAGAAGUCUGUACUUUUGCACUUUUUUGAGCGGAAAAGUACAGACAAGAUCCUUACUGAUGGAGGAUCAGAGGCUGCAGUAGUAGUAGGAGGAGGAGGAGGAGGGGAGCAAAAGAAGGUGCGGGCGAAGGAAAAGGUGCUCAGCAGGAUGCAGAGGUUUAAGAGAGCGACUCCGCCUCGCCUCGUGCACACCGAUGUGGAGGCGAGUGCGGAAUCUUCUGUCCAGCCCACCGAGACACAGUCACUUCCCACGCAAAGGCCUGCUGAGAAGCAGGAAUGCGACGAGCUCUUGGCUCAGAGGUUACAGCAGCAGUUAGACCGUGAGGCUGAGAGUCAGGCCGUAGUGGACGUGGAAGACGGAGGUCUGUUCUUCUGCCAGCUCUGCUACAAAGACCUGUCAGCUAUGAGCCAUCAGCUGCGCACUCAGCACAUCAACCGGUGUCUCGACCAGCGUGAGAACAGCACCUCAAGGGUUCCUGCUCCUCCUCCUCGUCCUCGUCCUCCUCCUCGUCCACGCAUACCCGAGUGCCCUAUUUGUGGGCGGGGCUUUAAGUCAGAAAAGACCCGCUCCACACACUUAAAGCGCUGCUCGGCGAGCAUGGGCGUGUCUCCGGCUGAGCUGCUGCAGGCCCUGCAGAGACAGGCAGCCGAACGGGAGAACGGGCAGCAGGCAGGAGGCAGCAGCGACACUUCAGAGUCCAGCAUGCCAGCCAGGAAGAAAGCCAGAAAAAAGGCGCCACGCAUGGAUGAAGACACCAUGGUGGCUCUGGCCCUGUCUCGCUCUCUGCUGGAGCAGGAGAAGGAGCGAGAGAGAGACAGGGAGGAGGAGAGACGUAUACGGGCACAGCUGUCGAGCGGUACGGCAGUCACGGCUCCUGUGGUACAGGGGAGAGCUGGAGCCGGUAAGAGUCGAGUAAAGAGGAGGAAAGGAGCCCCGGCCGCUCCCCCUCCCCUCCUCCUGGUGCAGGACCCACAGGCUGCUCUGAACCGGAUCCAGGAGCGAGUCUCAUCGUUGCUACUCAUCCCCAGACCUCCUACUCCUCCCAGCCCCACCCUGCAGCCCUCUGCUCUCUCCACACACAACCUUCUCUGGCUCCAGAGUGCGCUGCCUGGAGGAGGACCAGCCUCGCUUUCUGAGUUUUACACUGCAGAGCUCGGAGCGUUCAUGCAGCCUUGGAACAGAGAAGAGAAUAAAAAAUCUCCAUUGUCAGAGGUGACACCAGUAAAACCGCGUCCUGCAGCAGCCUCGGAAUCCGCCGCGGCUCCAGAGCAGCACGUAGCUGCUUCGACUCCACGUUGCACCUCCACCCCGAGUCUGGGGAUACCCGGGACACAGGCCCUGACCGACCUGGUGGAUCUGGCUGAGGAAGGCAUGACGCUCACCCAGUACAGAUACACCGAUAACAAUUCUGCUCCGUUAUCAGAACCUCCUCUCAGUGGAUUUGUUCCCGAACCUACAGAAACCCGGAGACCUCCUAUAAACUCAACGAGUGUGUCCAGGCUGUGUUCUGAUCUGGGUAGCAUGGUGAACAACCCUCAGCUCAGUGAUGUGCAGCUGCAGGUGGACAGCGGCGACGUCUACUUCGCUCACUCGUUCAUGCUCUACACCCGCUGCCCCCUGCUGGCUAACAUGGUCCAUGAUGCAGGUUUUGGAGUGCAGGAGGAAGGCUUUCCUCAAGCUCAGAGAGUUUUGUUGAAUGAUGUGUCAGGUGAGGCGGUGUACGCUCUGUUGCAGUACCUCUACACUGCUGUUUGCCACCUGACACUCACCCUGCUUCCUGAUGUACUCCAGCUAGCCAGCAGGUUUGGUCUUUCUGAGCUGCAGCAGCAGUGUGAGCAGUACACUGGAAAUCCAGUGGAGGACCCAAGAGAACAGGAAUGGGACGCUUCCCUGGCUCAUGAGCCUGCAGCUGAAGCCCAGCAGAGUCUGGCCGAUACUCAGUUCCUGGAGCUCCUGCGCUCCAUGUGGGAGCAAGAGGAUGGCGAUGGCGAGGAUGUUGGGGAAGCCAAGAGAGGGACGGAGGGCGAGGACGAGGAAGGCGGCGGAGAUGGAGAGAUUAAAGAAGAUAUCGUCAAUGAGGACGAGCUGAAUGAGAUUUACAAGUUUGUGGCCACGCAAAGGAAGAUGGGGGCUGAGGCAGAGGUGAGCACUGACAGUGGUGAUGAAGAUGAAGAGGAAGAUGAGGGAGUGAACAUCUGCUCUAACGCAGAAAAAAGGGGUGAAGGAAAGCAAAAUGUCAAAAUGGAGGAGGCAACAGACAUGCCUUGCAAUGCUGAGGUUGAUUUGAACCCCGGAUCUAAUAAAAAUGUGCGUCAAAGCGGAGGUCCGGACGCCGGUUUAGACCGGAGCUACAACCGUCUGUUCUCUGAGUCCUGGGGAGAGUACACGGAGCCAUCUCAGCCGCAAACUCGGCAUUUAGACCAGAAGAAUACACCUACCUCUCGGCGCGCGUCUUCAGUCGACGAAGUGAUCGAUCUGUCCGUUAGUCCCCCGCGGGAAUCUGGAGAACCAGCCAGGUCGCAGUUUCCUGUGACCGGCAUGUCUCCAGGAGAAGUGCCAGGACAGACUCCAGACCGGAGUGUAGCAGUUCGACAGUCGCUGACUUCGGAGAGUCCGAACGCUCACGGCAUCUCACAGGUCACAGCAGAACACUCGAAACUCUGGUCUAAACACCCCUCAACUUCAGCUCUUAGUAAAACCAAGCUUACAGUAACUCCUUCACUGCCCAGUAGUACCAAACCCAAACUCUCCCCUCUUACACCCGAUCGCAGCCAGCCUGAGCUCAUCGUCCUCUCCGACUCCAGCGAUGACAUGGAACAUGACCGCCCCGAUAAAGUUCCUUCACGUGGCGACGCUCCCAGAGCACCAACCUCAACUCCGUCACGACUCAGUCUGCGGUACACUCGUAUUAAAGCUAGAGAAACCACACAAGUUGGACUCUCUUCCACAAGAUCAAACGAGACCCCCAAUUCUGUGCAUCCGGAACCUUCCAGAUCUGACCGAGCAGGCGGCGAGAGCGUAUUGGACGGCUCUGCUGAGGUUUCGUGGUUAAUCCCGGCGACUCCAGAACCUUCAGCUCGCACCAGCACCACGCAGACCUCCAGUGGCAUGCGCCGCGUUCAGCUCUUCCCCGGAUCUCGCUCUUCGUUCUCCUCUUCCUUCUCUUCUUCCAUUUCUGACAACCCCAAAACUACAUCGUGCUCAAACUCAAUCAAAGACCCUCAUACAGAACAUUCCCAAACAUCUCCAGCUUUCAAGAAGCUCACAUCACAUUCCAGAUUGUCCAAGACCUCACGCAGUGACUCUGUAAAUCAAACUUAUCCUAUUUCUGCCUCCGAGCCUUGCAGCAGCACUCCUCUCCACUCAGAACCUCGUCUACAAUGUGUUGACCCUCUUGGAUCUCCCUUACUGAGAGACAGCGAGCUGAGAACUCAAGGAAGAUCAGGUCAAGAGGGCAGACUUGGAUCCCUCCUUCUUAGCCCAUCUGAGAACUCGCAGUCAGAGAAGGAUUCAAGCAAAAGUCCUGCCAAGUCCCGGCACUUUGAUAACCCUGGAGAUACUGGAGAUCAGGGGAUGAGCAGUGGAGAUCAGGGGAUGAGCAGUGGAGAUCAAGAAGACAAGGAACCAGUGGAAACAAGCACAAGCAAAACAAGUGAAGUUGAAGUGAUAGAGGAAGGCCUGUCCUUUGUCUUCGAUGAGCCGCCCAUUGCGUUCGAUGACUCGUGGGGUCUGGGCGGAGCGAUUGCCGAACAGGGGCCGUGCUUCAGUCUGAAGCUGGAGAGCAGUGGAGACCAAACUAGUCCUCCAGAACAAAGUGGACAGGGUGAGGCAGCUUCCCCGCACACCCUCUCUCCUCCUGGACAUGGAGCUCAGCACAACCUGCCAGAUCCUGAAGCUCCACACAACCACAGCUUGCCUGAUGCAGCGAUGUGGGACAGCUGGAAGGAAGAUGAUGAGGAUGAGGUGGAAGUGGAUGCUCUUCCUCUCUCUCAGCGAGUGGGUGCAGUGGCUCUCGCCAAGAGAGUGUCUCAGUUAAGAACGCCAGUGGCUUGCAAGAAGAAGAAUCAAGCCCCACUGGUGCCCAUCACGCCCAUGCCAAGCUUCUCGGACAUGGACACGCCUGAGCUUAAGAACAAACUGAACAGGUACGGCGUGCGCCCCCUUCCUAAGAAGCAGAUGGUCCUGAAGCUGAAGGAGAUCCACCAGUACACCCACCAGCUGAUGAGCUCCGGCUCUGAGGAGGAACCUUCUCCGCAAAACCGCCCCAAAGCUGCCCCGGCUGCCUUCAAACAGCCCACAGCGCCCCCUCCUGUCUCACCCAGGAAACCGCAAUUUGGAGAGGAGGAAGAGGAGCAGUUACCUGCAUCUCAGGACUCUAACACCUCCUCCACGGCCGAGUCAGAAAGAUCCAACCCAGAGAUGUGCGACUCUGAUGGUGACGGAUCCGACAGCGAGGGUAUCACGGCGUCUCAGGCGGCGGUACGUGAGAAGGACAAACUCCAGGCUGUGCAUUCCUUCAUCCUGUCUGACCCGCUGCUGUACAGCCGCGUGCUGCAGUACCAGCCGCUCUCUCUGUGCGAGCUGAAGGCAGGGCUCCGGACAGCGGGUAUCAGGCUGGGCACCACCAAGCUGCUGGACUUCCUGGACUCCCAGUGCAUCACUUUCACAACGGCAAAGCAGGGCCAUCCAGCACCCUUGCGCAGGAGAGCUCGCGGAGCAGGUAGAGGGAGGAAAAGACUAGCUAAGGCAGUUGAAUGAGCUGCAUGAGAAGGAAUUAUGAGAGCCCUCUGGAUGAGCUGCGUGAGAGGGACUACCAGAGAGCCUUCUGGAUGAGCUGCGUGAGAAGGACUACCAGAGAGCCUUCUGGAUGAGCUGCGUGAGAGGGACUACUAAAGAGCCCUCUGCAUGAGCUGCAUAAUUAAAAUUCUCAGGGUUUUUAUUCAUGUGUUAUGUUUUUUUAUGUUAUGUUUAAAUAGAGUUUUUGAUAUGAAAUUAAAAGAAAAAUAUGCCUUAACACGCUAUCCUUUAAUGUAUUUCAUCCUGUUUUCCCUAAAUGCAGCACUUUCACAACCCUUAAAGGUGCAGUUUGUAAUGUUUCUAUAUUUUAAAGAUACCCAAUAAUGCCUGG